CGCGGGAAUUCCAUACGUGUGAACAUUAAUUACAUAAUUGCCACUUCUUGCCAGUUCCUCCUCCUUUCUGACAGAUUCAAUUCGAUCGAGAAACAACGACGAAGAAGAAGGUAGGAUGAGAGUCUCAGCUUUCCGAGUGAUAUUAUUCUCUCUCCUCAUUUUCUCUCUCUACGUUCAUCGUGUCCACACUGGUUCCAUCUUUCUCGUUGUCUCUGACGACUUUCUCAACGACGGCGUAACCGCCGGCGAUGAAGGGGGCGGCAGUGGAGAGUCCUCAGAAUUUGAUGAGUUCCCCGAUUCCGAUUCCAAGUCUGAGGAGGAGCUCGAUCUGGGCUCUUGGCGUCCGAUUUUCGAGCCGGACGACUUCCCCGUCCAGGUCGCAUCGCCGCAGAACUACUCCGGCGUCCACAAGAUUCUCGCGGCGGUGAGCGAGGGAAACGCCCAGAUGAUGGAGGAAGCUGUGACGGAGAUAGAGGCGGUUUCGGCGGCCGGAAAUCCGCAUGCGCAGUCGGUGAUAGGUUUCGUCUACGGAAUGGGGAUGAUGCGGAACAAGAGCGCGACGGAGUCGUUUAUGUACCUUGCGUUCACAUAUACUCGACAAGGCAUGUAUGAAAAAGCGGUCAAACCGUAUGCUGAAGUAGCGGAAGCGGCUGUGAAUAGUUUCCUUAUCUGGAAAGACUUGCAUGUGGUGGUCGACCCCAUUAGAAUUCACAGGGGAACUGAAGAAAACAAAGAUGCACUUAGUAAUUCCAUUGGAGAGGAAGACGAGGGUUUUCAGAUAUUGAAAUCUGAGGCGGAGAAAGGGGGUGUUUGGGCAAUGUACAAAAUUGGAGUGUUCUACUACUUUGGUCUGAGAGGAGUAAGGCGUGAUUAUACCAAGGCGUUGUACUGGUUUUCGAGGGCAGUAGAGAAAGGAGAACCGAAUUCCAUGGAACUUCUGGGAGAGAUCUAUGCUAGAGGAGUUGGUAUUGAGAGAAAUUACACCAAGGCAUUCGGAUGGCUUAUGCUUGCUGCAAAACAAGGUCUCCAUUCAGCAUAUAAUGGCAUCGGAUAUUUGUAUCUCAAAGGCUAUGGAGUGGAUGAGAAAAACUACACUAAGGCGAGAGAAUAUUUCCUGAAGGCUGUGGAUAAUGAAGACCCUAAUGGACACUACCUUGGGGUAUUGUACCUUAAAGGCAUUGGUGUCGAAAAGGAUGUGAGAAAGGCAUGCAAAUAUUUUAUUACUGCUGCUAACGCUGGUCUGCCAAAGGCUUCGUAUCAAGUGGCUAAGAUGUUCCAUACUGGUAUCGGGCUUACAAAGAACCUAGAAAUGGCCACUUCACAUUACAAGUUAGUAGCAGAAAAGGGACCAUGGAGUUAUUUGUCGAGAUGGGCUGUUGAAUCUUAUAUGAAAGGAGAUGUGGGUAAGGCAUUGCUAUUGUAUUCAAGAAUGGCAGAGCUUGGUUAUGAAGUUGCACAAAGUAAUGCUGCAUGGAUCAUCCAAACAUAUGGGGAGAGAAGCAUGUGCAUGGGAGUGUCUGGGUUUUGCACCGAUAAAGAGAGGCUUCAGCUUACACAUUCUUUUUGGUGGCGUGCCGCUGAACAAGGCAACGGACAUGCUGCUUUGCUCGUCGGAGAUGCAUAUUAUUAUGGCCGGGGCACCGAGAGGGAUUUUGUGCGUGCAGCAGAGGCAUACAUGUAUGCUGUACCCGAGUCAAAUGCACAAGCAUUGUUCCAUCUCGGUUACAUGCAUGAGCAUGGACAAGGGCUUCCCUUCGAUCUCGAUCUUGCCAAGCGCUACUACGAUCAGACUCUCGAGAACGACCCUUCUUCCAAAUUAGCAGAGAUGAGUGGUAAGGAAAAAAAAAAGAAUGAUGAUGAUGAUGAUGAUGAUGGUGAUGGUGAUGGUGAUGAUGAUGAGACGACAAGCAUUGGGCACAGUCCUCUGGCGAAACGGCACGAAUUUUAGUGAUUGAUGUUUAGUUUGAAGGAAUCGUAAGGAGAAGAAGAUACUUUACUUUUCAAACAAAAGUAUGUUCUUUUCUUUUCUUUUUUUAAAAAUAAUUCUAGGAACUAAAAAAGAAUGAAAAGAUACUUUUAUUGCAGCA